UUUACACAAAUUCUUCCUCUAUAUCAAUGGAGAAGCUGUCUCCUAAACUAUCAGGUUCCAAUUUUAGAUACUUCCAUUUCGCCCCCUCCCAGAAAAUGACAGUCAUCUUCCCCUUCCAAAGCUAGUCGCUUAUGUGCCAAUAUUGCUGAAAAUUCCAAGGAAGUCAUGAGCAUGAAAUACAAAGAGAUAAUAUCAACCCUCCCUAAACAUGAAACUCCCUAUCCUCCUUAUGAAUUCUGCCAAUACCAAGGCUUUUGGUUCCCUUUUAUCCUCCUAGAAGGAAUUGCAUUUUUAUCAGAGGUCUUCAAGGCUGAAUCUUGUGAUAUUUUCCUUUGCAGUUUUCCAAAAACAGGUACCAAUUGGCUUAAAGCCUUGGCCUUUUCUAUUAUGACAAGAUCAGAUCAACUUUUUGAUGACUCCACCAAGUUACCCCAAGAAAUUGUACCAACUAUGGAAACUGAUUAUGUCUUAAACCCUACUUUUCUAGACACUCAUGAGUUGCCAUUGUUUGCCACACAUCUUCCUUACACUCUCUUACCACAAUCCAUACUAGAAUCAGAUUGCAAGAUCAUAUACAUAUGUAGGGAACCCAAAGAUACAUUUGUUUCUCUAUGGCAUUUUACUAAAACAGUUAAGAAAAACGUUGAAGAACUUAAGGAUAUCCCCAGUAAUCCACUCGAACAAGCAUUCGAAAAUUUUUGUGAAGGAAAAUCCGUGUCUGGACCUUACUGGGAUCACGUUACAGAAUACUGGAAAGCAAGUUUAGACAGACCCGAUAGAGUGUUCUUCUUGACGUACGAAGAUUUGAAGAGCGAUACUUUGGGUUAUGUGAAGAAGUUAGCAGAGUUUAUGGGGAAACCUUUCUCUCAGGAGGAAGAAAUGCAAGGUCUGCCUGAAAAAAUAGUGACUCGCUGUAGUUUCCAAAGUUUGACAAGUUUAAGCAACUUAGAGGAGAAUAAGACUAGAAGUGCGGGACUGAUCAGUAACAGUGCAUUUUUUCGAAAAGGAGAAAUUGGGGAUUGGAAGAAUCUUUUGACGGAGGAUAUGGCGAAAUCCAUUGAUCAAAUAACCCAAGAGAAAUUUCAGUGUUUGGGCUUGACUUUCCCCAUUUCAGCGCGGUGUGAAAAUAGUGCCAAGGAAUAAGGGUGAAAUGUAUUUUUUAAAAUAAGAGACCGUUUGACUAAAUUUAUAAGCUUGUCAACUGGCUUAUAAACACGUUUUGGCUUU